CUCAACCGCUGCGCCACCAGGGAGGUCCCCGAUCCUAACAUUUCUUAAAGAAUAGUUUGGAUUGUUUUGAGUUUUGUGAACUUAUUUUAAAGAUGUAACUGAAAUGGAGUAGAUUUUAUUUCUUGUAUGUUCUAGAGUAUGACACAGAUCUCUUGAUGAAAUAACUUAGUGUGAUUAUGAGGUAUUUUACAUAUGGUUGAAAUUGUUAACUGAGUAUUUUACGGUUCCAUGGCUUGUGUAGGUUUGCUUAAAAUUCCUGCAUUUCUUAGUGUGCUUGCCUCUUCUGUUUUAAUACAUCUUAUGAAACAAUACUUCUUUAAAAAUGAAGUGUGGCUUUUGGGAACUGUUUCUCUCUUCAUUAAGUUCCACAUAGGAUCCAGAGUUUGAGUUUGCUUAGGUUUUAUUUUGAUCAUAUUCUUAUCAGUUACUUUGCUUUGGUGCUAAACUCUAUCUCAAAGCCAUCCCCCCUGCCCUUCCCCCCCCCCACAUGUCAGCUGGUUCAAGCCCCUGAGAAUUUUGCAUUUUGUACUUUAUUCCUUUUGGAUGCUCUGAUGUUAGGUCUAGAAAACAACAGAAGUACCAAUUAAGAGUAAUCAGAAUUCUUUAAGAUUUUUCUUACAAAUCAUUUGAAAUGUGGAAAAAUUUUCAGUCUAGGAAUAGAGCGCAUUAUUUUGCUAUGGAAGAAAGGCAAUAUUAAUAGAUUACAUAGAAGUGCUAAUGAGGAUAUCCCGAUUUUGUAUUGAAGUCGUGGUUAAUAGCAUUUUCCAGGUAAACCUCACUUUGGUGGGCUAGUUCGAUGACUUUGCUUCAGCUAUUUAGAUGGGUGGGUGUGGUAUGAUUUGUGUGAUGGUAAGGUGUGUGAAAGUGUACUGUGGAGUGAUUCUUUGCUUAGAAGCUGUGGCUUAAGUAAUGAUGUCUUAGAAGUCUGUGGAUGGAAUUUAUGCAGUGAUUUAAAUGGUGUCUUUUUUUUUUUAAGAUUUAUUUAUUUAUACAAGAACUGGGGUACAGGCCAGAGGCAUGGCCAGAGGCAUGGGAAGAUGAGAGAAUUCACCAGAGACGGAAUGGGGAACAGAACAGGCAGACAGACCGGAAACACUGCUGAAGGGAGCAGCGGGGAGACAGGCGAGGUCUGCGGUGCCAUGUGGGCCUCUCCCUGGCCGGCUGGGAAUCGAACUUGUGCUGCAGAGGCUGCGGACAGCUUCACAGCGCUGCACUCCACCCGCUGCGCCACCAGGGGAGGACCAUGAUGGGCCUUUCACCUUCAACUUUAGGUCUUGUCCAAUAAGCAUGUGGCUCCUGAUCACCUGUUGCAAAUCUGUCAGCGCAUCGGCCCCAUGCUGGACAAAGAAAUCCCACCCAGCAUUUCAAGAGUCACAUCUUUACUUGGUGCAGGAAGACAGUCUUUGCUACGUACAGCAAAAGACUGCAGGCACACAGUUUGGAAGGGCUCUGCCUUUGCUGCUCUUCACAGAGGAAGACCUCCUGAAAUGCCCGUGAAUUAUGGUUCCCCACCAAAUCUUGUGGAGAUACAUCGAGGAAAACAACUCACAGGGUGUUCCACUUUUAGCACAGCAUUUCCAGGAACUAUGUAUCAGCACAUAAAAAUGCACAGAAGGAUUCUGGGACAUCUGUCUGCUGUUUACUGUGUAGCAUUUGAUAGGACAGGACAUAGAAUAUUUACAGGUUCAGAUGAUUGUUUGGUGAAGAUUUGGUCAACACAUAAUGGCCGCCUGCUCUCCACGCUGAGAGGUCAUUCUGCAGAAAUUUCAGACAUGGCAGUAAACUAUGAGAAUACAAUGAUUGCUGCAGGGAGCUGUGAUAAGAUAAUUCGAGUGUGGUGCUUGAGAACUUGUGCCCCAGUUGCUGUGCUCCAAGGCCACACAGGGUCCAUUACAUCUCUGCAGUUUAGCCCUAUGGCCAAAGGCCCCCAGAGAUACAUGGUCUCCACCGGUGCUGAUGGGACCGUUUGUUUCUGGCAGUGGGAUCUGGACUCCCUGAAAUUCAGCCCACGUCCCCUGAAGUUCACUGAGAAGCCCAGACCAGGUGUCCAGAUGCUCUGUUCUUCUUUCAGUGUUGGUGGUAUGUUUUUAGCCACAGGUAGUACUGAUCAUGUAAUCAGAAUGUAUUUUUUGGGUUUUGAAGCACCUGAAAAAAUUGCAGAACUUGAAAGCCACACUGAUAAAGUCGAUAGUAUUCAAUUCUGUAACAAUGGUGAUCGGUUCUUAAGUGGUAGCAGAGAUGGAACAGCACGGAUUUGGAGAUUUGAGCAAUUAGAGUGGAGAAGCAUUUUAUUGGAUAUGGCCACCAGGCUCUCCGGGGACUUAUCUUCGGAAGAGGAAAGGUUUAUGAAACCCAAAGUAACAAUGAUAGCUUGGAAUCAGAACGAUAGCAUUGUCGUCACCGCGGUGAAUGAUCAUGUCCUCAAAGUGUGGAAUUCUUACACUGGACAGCUGCUUCAUAACUUACUGGGACAUGCUGAUGAAGUGUUUGUUUUGGAGACACAUCCCUUUGAUUCCAGAAUUAUGUUAUCUGCAGGACAUGAUGGCAGCAUAUUUAUAUGGGAUAUUACAAAAGGCACCAAGAUGAAACAUUAUUUUAAUAUGAUCGAAGGGCAAGGACACGGAGCUGUGUUUGACUGUAAAUUUUCACCAGAUGGACAGCACUUCGCCUGUACAGAUUCUCAUGGGCACCUUCUCAUAUUUGGUUUUGGAUGCAGCAAGCCAUAUGAAAAGAUUCCUGAUCAGAUGUUCUUCCAUACUGAUUAUCGACCACUGAUUAGAGAUUCUAAUAAUUAUGUUUUGGAUGAGCAAACUCAGCAGGCUCCUCACCUUAUGCCUCCACCAUUUUUGGUAGAUGUAGAUGGAAAUCCUCAUCCAACUAAGUAUCAGAGAUUAGUACCAGGCCGAGAAAAUUCUGCAGAUGAACAUUUGGUUCCGCAGCUUGGCUAUGUGGCAACAAGUGAUGGAGAGGUAAUUGAACAGAUUAUAAGCCUACAAACCAAUGACAAUGGUGAGCGGAGCCCAGAGUCCAGUGUUCUUGAUGGAAUGAUAAGACAGUUGCAGCAACAGCAAGAUCAGAGAUUGGGAGCAGGUCAGGAUACUCUUCCAGGCGGACUUCCGAAUGGGGAGGAGACACCCAGAAGAGGUUUUAGAAGACUAAGCCUGGAUAUCCAGUCCCCUCCAAACAUCGGUCUGCGGCGCAGUGGGCAAGUGGAAGGCGUGCGGCAGAUGCAUCAGAACGCCCCCCGCAGUCAGAUGGCCACGGAGCGAGACCUGCAGGCCUGGAGGCGAAGAGUGGUUGUACCAGAGGUACCACUAGGCAUAUUUAGGAAGUUGGAAGACUUCAGAAUAGAGAAAGGUGACGAAGAAAGAAAUCUCUAUGUAAUUGGAAGAAAAAGGAAGAAUCUCCAGAUCUCACAAAAGGCUGACUCGGCGGAUCUGAUGUCACAGUCCAGGCAGAGGACCUGCAGGCGCAAAUGCCCCAGUUACCGUCGAAGGAGUCUGGGACGGCCUGAGUUAUCGUCUGGAAAUGAGUCUUCAAGUUCUGUAAGACAUGAGACCUCCUGUGAUCAGAGUGAAGGCUCUUGUUCUUCCGAAGAAGAAGAAGAGUGGAAAAGUGACAGAAGAAGCGAAAGUGACAGCGAAAGUUCAAGUGACUCCUCGUCUAGAUACUCUGAUUGGAUGGCUGAUGCAGGUAUCAAUUUGCAGCCACCUCUGCGAACCUCAUCUCGCCGACGAAUUACUCGGUUUUGUAGUAGCUCAGAGGACGAAAUGUCUGCCGACAAUUUAUCUCCUCCAAAAAGAAGACGAAAGCGAAAGAAAGAGAAUAAGCCUAAAAGAGAGAACUUGAGGAGAAUGACUCCUGCAGAGCUCGCAAAUCUGGAGCAGUUAUAUGAAUUCCACCCUCCAGUUUGGAUAACAGAUACCACACUUCGAAAGUCUCCUUUUGUCCCUCAAAUGGGUGAUGAGGUAAUAUAUUUUCGACAGGGUCAUGAAGCUUAUAUUGAGGCUGUCAGAAGAAAUAACAUUUAUGAACUGAACCCUAACAAGGAGCCCUGGAGAAAAAUGGAUCUUCGGGAUCAAGAACUAGUCAAAAUAGUUGGAAUCCGGUACGAGGUUGGGCCUCCUACUCUCUGCUGCCUCAAACUGGCCUUUAUAGACCCUGCUACUGGAAAACUCAUGGACACGUCUUUCUCAAUUAGGUACCAUGAUAUGCCGGAUGUUAUUGACUUUCUGGUUCUGCGUCAGUUUUACGAUGAAGCGAGACAGAGGAACUGGCAAUCCUGUGACAGGUUCCGCUCCAUCAUUGAUGACGCUUGGUGGUUUGGAACGGUGCUAAGUCAAGAGCCGUAUCAGCCUCAAUACCCUGAUAGUCACUUUCAGUGUUACAUCGUCAGAUGGGACAAUACUGAAAUUGAGAAACUUAGCCCAUGGGACAUGGAACCAAUUCCUGAUAAUGUUGAUCCUCCUGAAGAAUUGGGAGCUAGUAUUUCUGUUACUUCAGAUGAGCUAGAGAAACUGCUCUACAAGCCGGAAGAUGGUGAAUGGGGGCAGAAAUCGAGAGAUGAAGAAUGUGAACGAAUUAUUAGUGGUAUAGAUCAGCUUUUGAAUCUUGAUAUAGCAGCAGCUUUUGCAGGUCCUGUUGAUCUCUGUACCUACCCAAAGUACUGCACUGUGGUGGCGUACCCGACCGACCUGUUUACCAUCCGAAUGAGACUCGUUAAUCGCUUCUACAGGCGGCUGUCUGCAUUAGUUUGGGAAGUCAGAUACAUCGAACACAAUGCCAGGACGUUCAAUGAGCCUCAGAGUGUAAUUGCAAGAUCUGCUAAGAAGAUAACUGACCAGCUGUUAAGAUUCAUCAGGAAUCAAGAAUGUACAAAUAUCUCAGAACUUUCUAAUACUUCUGAAAAUGAUGAGCAAAAUGCCGAGGACUUGGAUGAUAGUGAUCUUCCUAAAACAUCUUCUGGAAGAAGGAGAAUCCAUGAUUGGAGUACAAGGAACAUCAAAGCUACCAGCUAUGUUGAAAACAACUGGAAGAAACAGUGUAAGGAACUAGUGAACUUAAUUUUUCAGUGUGAAGAUUCUGAACCAUUUAGACAACCUGUUGAUUUGGUUGAAUAUCCGGACUACCGAGAUAUCAUAGAUACCCCGAUGGAUUUUGGAACAGUCAGGGAGACCUUAGAAGCAGGAAAUUAUGAUAGCCCUCUGGAGUUCUGCAAAGACAUUCGCUUGAUAUUCAGCAACGCGAAGGCAUACACACCAAACAAAAGAUCAAAGAUUUAUAGUAUGACCUUGAGAUUGUCUGCCUUAUUUGAAGAAAAAAUGAAGAAAAUCUCCUCUGAUUUUAAAAUUGGUCAAAAAUUUAGUGAAAAACUUCGAAGAAGCCAGAGGUUCAAGAGACGGCAGAAGUGUACCCGUGCCAGCCAGGCUAACACGAGCAGAAAUAACAAGCAGAGGCGGUUAAAAUCUCAGACAAAAGUAAUUCCGGAGUUGAUCAGCUCUCCUACCCAGUCUACCUCCAGCCGGGCAGCUGAUUCUGCAAGCCACAGGUCGAGUGCAAGCGCGUCUUCAGGGGUUACUUCUGACUCUUCGGAUUCAGUAGGAUCAUCAGAGAGGAGGAGGGGAAACAGGCCCGUCCCACUGACAAAUGGUUCCACGUUAUCUGAAAGUGAAAUGGAAGACACCUUGGGCACUUCGUCGUCAUCUUCAGCUUCAAAUAGCUCUGAGGAAAGCAGAGCAAGCUCAAGAGCUCGUGACGCUUUCUUGCGUGGGGGCCCAGCCAGGAGCAGCAGCCUCCGGGUACCCAGAACCAGAGCCGCCCAGAGGAAAACUGGUCCAGUUUCUUUGGAAAAUGGAUGUGGCCGAAAAGCCACGCGGAAGAGGGUCUAUCUAAGUGAUUCUGAUAACAAUUCGGGGGAGGCUGGCGAGGGCCUGAUGGCCAGAGCUGGGGGCAGCCGGAAGGUGCUGCGCAGGUGUGCGGCGGUGGCUGCCAACAAGAUCAAGCUCAUGAGCGACGCCGAGGAGAACUCCAGCUCUGCCAGCGCCUGCUCCGGCCGAAGGGUGCCGCACCGCAAUGCUUCUGCUGUCGCUAGGAAGAAGCUGUUACACAAUUCGGAGGAUGACCAGAGCUUAAAGUCAGAAAUUGAAGAUGAGGAGCCCAAAGAUCAGAGUCGACAAACCCCAGGUUCCAAGUCCCGUCCUGCCCAGCAUACGGCCGAUGGAUCUGAAAACGGGGAUUCUGAGUCAGAAAGUGAUUUGCGGGUGGCCCGGAAAAACUGGCACACUAAUGGCUACAGGUCCCAGGCCCCAGCCGCUUCUAAAACCAAAUUUCUCAAAAUAGAGUCUUCUGAGGAGGACUCCCUCGGUCAUGGUUCAGACAGUGGACAUGACGCUGCUGCUGGCCCGUCGACCUCUGGGCAGAGACUCAAGGCAGAAAGUGUUUCUGAGGAAGAGGAGGCAGAUUCUGAACCAGGAAAAUGUGCCAGAAGGAAACAGAAUACGGGUCGCAAGAGUGCGGCUUUCCUUAAAAAAGCAACCAUUUUCAGUGAUUCGGAGGGCUUGGAAUCUGAGGAGCGGGACGGAGGCGGUGACGGGCACCAGGCAGCGGGAGCGAGCCACAGCGCAGGGCGUGGGCAGCGUGGGCCUCCGGCUGCGUCCCAGCGUCUCUCAGAUCACGUAUUUGAGACGGAUUUGGAUUCUGAUGACAAAACUAAAAGAAAACAGAGUCGAUUUACGAAAGAUUCUGCAUCGCAAGACCCUGGACAAAACAGGAAAGUCUCCAGGAAGAGGGUCUGCUCCAGUGGCUCCGACAGCAAUUCCCAGGUGGUUAAGAAUAAGGCCCAGAGCUGCCCCUCAAGGACACCCCGAAGGCGGGUAGCUCCCACUGCCAGCGAGGCCAAGCUCCUGGGUGAUGUGGAGGGCGUCAGUGUAUACAGUGUCUAUACUAGGAGCAGAAAUGGGAGGAAGAAGCCCCCCCCUUCUGCAUGUGUCACAACUAAGAAGAUGGGGAGUGAUUCCGAGGGAGAUGGACAGGGUGCAGGGCCCGGUGGGCAACAGGCCCGCGCCGGGGAGCCACCUGGAGCCGCCCCAGGAAGCAGCACCGGAGGUGCUGAGGAGGCCGGCGAUGCGGGCUCCGACUCUGGAGGCGCAGUGGAUCCAGAACACGGAAAUGGGGAUAUGCAUCGCCACAAAGCAAACAUUGCACCUUCUAAAACAAAGAGUUCCCUGGCGGGGUCUUCAGAGGAAGCUUCAAAAAGCCAUAUUCCAGGGGCAGAGAUGGGUAGAAAACCUUCUGAAUCAACUUUGGCACAAAAAGCUACUGCAGAGAAUGACUUUGAGGAGGAGCUGAACUACGGGCUGCGCAGGUGGAACGGCAGGAGACUCAGGACCUACGGGAAGGUGCCCUUCAGCAAGACGGGGGUGCUUGAGGAGGUAGCGGGCUCAGAGCCGGGGAGGAAGAGACUUCCCCCGGGGCCUGGCAGCGCAAGGAGCUCCGAGACGGCGGGGGGUGCAGAGUGUGGCCAUGACACUGGGCCACGGUCCGACUCAGAUCUGGGGUCUGACACUGAAUCCGACGUGGACUGUCCUGAGGACACAAAACCCAAAAAGAGGAAAACGAAAGGAAAAGCAAAAGCAGUCAGCAGAGGGAAACCUGGCCCGCCUAACGCGCCCAGGAGCGUGAGACAGCAGCGGCAGAGCAAACGUCCCCGGCUGGACGCCGACGAUGACGACUGGGAGGACUCGGACUGCGCCAAGCCCCGCCGGGCCCUGCGGCGGUCCAGGAUCAGAACCAGAAACCAGGGGCGGAGGACCGUGAGGUACCACGAUGGGGACGACGACAGGGGCUUAGAAAACGCAAUAGAUUUUGAUGAUUGCACCUUAUGACCUUGAGGGAAAACCAGUUCAUUUGAAGAGGAAAUGGACUGGGCUUGAUGGUGAAAGCUGGUGGUUGAAAUUAUUUUUUGUCCUACAAUUCAGGGAAUAUAUUUAUAUUUUUCUAUGAAAAGUUAUGAAUGUGACUAAAUCAUGACUGUUAUUUUUAUUUGCACGUGCUUGCCUUUGUAGCAGCGUCCAGCACAGGUGCCAAAAUAUGCUUCAUUUUGGGGGCAGAUCUGCUUUGACAGUAUUUGACUACACGCCGCGAGUUCGGAGUUUGUUAAACACUAGACACCCCGGUUCCCAGCACCGACGAGCAUUACUCUCACGAGCGCAUGUCGUGCGGUUCCUUUCUGAAUUCCUUGCUCGGUGGCUGUCUGCUCCUGUCCUGUUGUAGGUGACAGUUUCACAGGACCUAUGUUUACAGAUUCUUCGAGGACGUCGUGUGCGCAGGACAGCGCGUCCCGGGAGGCGUGGCCGCCAGGGCUCCCCUCCCCGGCCCCACGGCCCAGUGCGUUCUCCCAGAUUCAGUCGUUUUCUUUCCAAAUGCUGUUGGCUCUUCUUUCUCUCUAUUUUCAAGGAAAAUAACAUCACUUUUAUUUUAUAAACUUGAAUUUAUAAAGUGCUGGUAAAAUAUUUUUUUUAAUGUUUUGACUUUAUGUUUUAAAUCUUUAAGGCCAGACCUUAGUCCUAGCAUUUUCUUUUGAAUUGUGCACUAACAAAAUACGAUUUGUCUUUCCAAGAUGAUCUGGUUUCCAUGUAAGAGAUUCAACCAAAUCUUGGUCUUCCAUAGUCUUACUCUGUGAAAUAGAGGAGUUUGUGUGCCUUAGAUAUAGGAAACGUGUGUUCUUUACUAGAGUGGACAGGGCUAUAAGAGUAUUUAAAUUAUAUGUAGUUUCCCCCUAUUUCUGUGGAAAUUGUUGAGUUUUGUUAAGAGUGCAAUUGCAGUCUCAUCUACUUAGGAAAGUAGUUGCGUGUUCCUCUCAUGUCUUUGUUUAGCUACUGCUGCCAUGUGCAAUCCCUUGCAUCCUUUGCUGGGGCAACUAAGUGUAUUUUUACUAGUGACCUCUAACCUAAAUGUAAGCGCCUGUCACGUUCAGUGGGAAAGUAAUUUUGGAAUCCAUUUAGAAUGAAACUUCAUCACAUCAAGUACCAUAGUAUACUUAUUUUCGAGCCAAAUAUUUUUACUUGAUGAUAGGUUCUGCGACUCCACACAGCGUUGGGGCCAUUCCUUGCUAGCUCAUUCGUGCCUGAGGGUGGACUUGUGCAGAUGGUUUACACAUUUUCAGCUCAGGGGUACGUUGCAGUACUCCACCUUUAUUUAUUGGCCCUCACUGUGUUUGGUUUCAGACAAAUCACCCCUUUUCUCCUGUGUAUCCUUAAGGUGGCAGAUACGGAAAAGCAUCAGACUCUGAUAUCAGUGUUAGAGAAUGUUCUUAAGUGUUCUUACGUGUUAGUUAUCUCUUCCGUUGCCAUGGUAAGGGAGGUGCGUCCUUGUUCUACUCUGAUGUGAGGGGCGGGUGCUUCGGACAUCACCUGCUGAGACAGUGGGCACGUGCCCUCCUUGGGGGGUUAGAGCACGCUCACCACUUCAGAAUGUGCUGCGCUUCUCCCCAAAGCGCGUGUCAGUGGACAGACUGAUUCAGGAUAAUCACCUUGACUGUUGGCUUGAAAAAAAGAAUAGAAUGCUCUUUACUUCCCUAAUUUUAAAAAAUGGUGGUAGAUGUCAUAUCCAUUAAUUUAUUUAAAUUCUUCUUAAGCUUCUGUUUUUUAUCUAUUCUCAGGGUUAUAACUCCAUGUUUACCAUCGUCUGCAAAAAGGUACCAAAAAAAUCCAUAAAUAAAUGUGGACUACAUUCAUACGUAAAUUCUUUUGCUCAAGUGAUGCUUUGACCAUGUAGGCUUCAUCAGUAGACCGUUCUUACCUUUGGGAUUGAUGUAACUGGUCAUUGACUGGGCUGGCCAACCAAUUGCUAAUUAUUCAUUUUAUUCAAAAUGGUUAUACACUUGUGUAUAGGAGAGGACUUUGGGUUCAUCUGAAAAAAUAAGAAUGGCCUGGUGACUUUGGAAGCAUGGCGAACAGUGGUAGCUUCGUAUAUUAUGAAGUGAAGAAAUGAAGGGUAAUAGGAUCAUUUUUAUGGGUUUUUUUUGGUCAUGGUGCUAUUUACUAAAGUUAACUUUGACUGUGUGACAUACACUCCUAAGUACCUUUAAGGAACAUUAAUAAAUAAUUACUAGUUCAGGAUGUUUACAUUGAGCACUAGAACAUGUCUGACUUUUUUCUACUUUAUUCAAGAUGUGCAGGGAUUUAAUGCACAGAUGUACUUUAAUGUUUGGGAUCAGUUUGUAUUUUUAUUGUAAAAAAGACAGGAUUUUACAAAUUGAAUGUGAGCUGAUCCAGAAGUAAAUGCUGUAACUUUGCAUUGACUGAGGUAACGGGUGGUGGCGGGUACCAGAGACUGCUGUUGUGGGCUGUGUCCAGGGCUCUGUGAUGUGGCCAUUUAUGGCCACACAAAGGCUUUGAAGUAUUUAGAUUUGAUUGUUGAUUCUGUUGACUUUACCAAGAGCAGAUUUCAAACAUUUUAAAUUAUAGGUGAGCGUUUUCUUUUCAUAUCAUUACUUAAAAAGAAUAUACUGACAAUGUGUAGUCACUUUUGAAUAAAAGGAAAAAAGUUUAUCCCAUUUUCAGAUAAUGCCUAGGUUGGUCAUUCUCCCUUUUUUAUUUUAGGGGAAGUGUCUAAUUAAAUCCUUUCUCAAUUUAGUGUCUUUGUGAAAGAAGGAUAAAGCAGUUACAGCUUCUAAGGUAACACACAUAAGUCUCUUUCUGUGUAGUUGAGAGUUGUACCAAAAAAGGAAACUGGUUUUACAAAUAGAAGUGCAAAUGGAAAAAGGAGACAUAAAACCAAUAAAAUAUUGUCUGGAGGGUUCAAACCCUGACAAUGCGUCAGUCCUUUGGGUGCCUUGGGCAGUGCUUAUUGAGGAACCCGGUGUGGUGGAUGCCUGUCCCUCGUUAGCCUUUUUGUUUAGAAUAAUCAGAACAGAAAAUUAACUUCACUGUAUGGUAUUAAAAUUAAAUCAAAAUGGUUUUUAUCUCUUCUGUCAUUACAAAUUGAGUUUGUGCCACCUGAAAUUUUUUUUAGAGGUUUAUAUAUCAGUAGAAUGCACGAUAACGUUAUUCAAAGUAUGGAUGGUAUUUUUGAUUUUCCAAAAAUCUAUUUUACUGAUUUUUUUGAACUAGCUCUUGAAUGGCUGGACGUCCUUUUGCCUUGCCUUAUUGUAAGACCAGCGCCAUUUGUUUCGUCAGCGCUCAGUCAGCGUGCUGACCUCACCGGGGUCUGGGCGGUGUCUCCAGACGGGCUCAUGUUGCGGGGC